AAGUGUAGCUGGCUUUUAAUGUUUUUGGAUGAGGAUAUACUUGUUUUUCUUAUAGUCAAUACACUAAUUACAAAUAAAUUCUUAUGUGUGUUUGAGUUUCGGUUUGGCUUGAAUAGUUUCGAAUCAAAAGCAGGUCUUAUAAAAAUUGUAAUUGAAUAUUUUGAUAUUUAUGGUGAUAUUCAAGAAAACACCGUAGCAGUGACACAAAUCUGUGCUCUGAGAAUUUAACAGUGAAGUAAUUAGUAUUCCCAGUGCUCAUCUAAAACCAUUAAAAUAACAGCUAUUAGGUAUUUUUGUAGAUAACGUACAAGUUCGACAGUGUCCUUCGUGUAGAUAGUUCCUAAAGUAUUUUAAUGUGAGUAAAGUACUUAAUUAUACUUCGGUUAGUGUUGAAAGUUCUAACUAAAGUGCUUGGAGAACCAUACUUAUUUUUAUUGUACUGUUCGAAAUCUUACCUUUGAAGUGGCGUUUAUAACGGCAUUUUAACGGCAAAACGGCAGUUUUAUCGGUGAAGACCUUUUCUUCUAUAUUUUGGUCCUAAAGCCGUCCCAUUGUGUCUGUUGACCCUGUCAGUAUAAUUUAAUUAUUUCUCUAGAAACUAAGCUCACAUAGGGAUUU